GGCGCUAUCGUUGCAGUAUGGCGGACGAUGUGGAAAGUAGGAGUGCAGCGGCGGAUACCAUCGUCGGCAAAGGGACGACAGAGGAGUUGGAUCCGGGGCCCGGGCUCGGUAUAAGCGGCGUGCUGCUCAAUCUGAGCGUUCUAGCGACCGUACUGGUCGUGUGUUAUGUGAUUUACGCGCGGUUCUGGAGGAGGGUGGGAGCGGAGACAGGCCGGGGCAGCGAGGCCUCGCCGUUGCCCAAGAUGAGAAAACGCGACCUCACCCUGCAGCAGCUGCGCGAGUACGAUGGUGUUCAGAACCCGCGCAUCCUCAUGGCAGUUAACACCAAGGUCUUCGACGUGACCAGCGGCAAAACGUUUUAUGGACGCGAUGGCCCCUAUGGGAUUUUUGCAGGACGAGAUGCUUCUCGGGGUUUGGCAACAUUCUGUCUGGAGAAGGAUGCGUUACGUGACGAGUACGAUGAUCUUUCAGACUUGAACGCUGUUCAGAUGGAGAGUGUUCGAGAAUGGGAGAUGCAAUUCAUGGAAAAAUAUGACUACGUUGGCCGUUUGUUGAAGCCGGGAGAUGAGCCGUCAGAGUACACAGAUGAGGAGGACAUGAAGGAUCAUCAAAAACACGAAUGAUGUGCUGAAUCAUCACAGCCUAGGACUGAGAAGGCCACCAUCCAGAAUUGUUAAACCCCAGCAAAACACCCCUGAGAAUCUGCCAUAUAACUCUAUCAUUCAGUGUCCCCAAAACAGUCAAUGCCAUAUACAUUCAUUAAUGCGCCAUCACCAAGGGGCUAAACAUCUCUAGAAGUGCCCCAGCUGUUCUUCACCUUCCACCAAAACAGACCAGUAGCCUGUCAGUGUUUCCUGUUGUCAUCUGCUCUUAAUACUUCUCCAGCUCCUGUGUUGUUGACCCUUCAGCUUUCAUCUUCCUGGCCUACCUAAACACUCAAUUAAAAACACUCAUUUAUAUACUUGACACCAUAAGCCAUCAGAUCUACACUUUAAAUCCUCAGUCAUGCAGUCUAAACCUUAAACGCUCAAUCCCGAACCAUAAACUCUAAUGUAUAGCCUACAUCUUAAACCCUCCAGCACAUAUUCUGUACCCUAAACUCUGCCAUAUUAUCCUACAUCACAAUUGGAAUGUGAAACAGACUUGAGGCUUUUUUUGAACCCUGCACAUUAAUGUGUUCUGGCUUGGACUGAAAAUGUGAAACGAUAAAUCAAAUGAGGAAGAAGGAAACACUGAAUGCACAUACAUUUUUAUUCACUUUUUCUUUGGGGACAUCACUGUUCAUUACCGCAGACGUGGCCAUAUGCUCAUUGCAUAAGCAAAAAGGGGCAGAUGCUGGGAGUGCACAGUAGGUUAAAAAUUGCCACUGGGGUCUCUUGUAAUUUUUUUUUUUUUCUCUUCAUGUUGUUACUUUUUUGUGCAUAAUUAUUUUUGUACCACAAGACACAUCUCAAACACGUAAGCAUUUAAAUCUCAUGCCUGUUUGUCAAGUUGUGAACAUUCUCAUUUUAAAUCAAAGUUAAUGUCAAAUAGUAACCAGUCCAAAAGCAAGAGGUGUCUGCCAUCAGCUAAUCCAAAGGUGGAAAGGUCCUGGGGUGGGCGGGUGCUCUUUCAGCAAUUUUUGUAUUGUGUGCAGCACACGUCUGUAGCGAUUUCUGUCACAAUGCGAUUGUAAGAAAAUUGGGAUGCUGUUGGGAUUGCAAAGAGUGGUCUGAGUGGGUGUCUGUUAGCAUUAUCACCAUAAAACACUUGUUUUGUUUGAAUUGUAUAAAUCUGAAUGGCUGGUUGGGAUGCAAAGGGAAUAUCAGAUCUGCAGUUUAAAUGGAUUGGCUUGUCUGCACAUUGGUCAACAAAACUCUCCCUUCAAUCAUUAAUGAAACUGUGUAGUUAUUGUGCCUUAAUUCUGUUUCGUUCUACUUCAAAACAGUCCUAAAUAGAGGUGAAGAUAAGAGGUUUAAGAAAAACGUGAUCUGCUCUGCCCUUUCCUUAUUUCCCACUCAUAAGAGCUGUUUGAAAACGGAAGGCAUUUUUUCCUCCAUUUUCACACAGUUCAGAUGACAGAGGCAUGCUUGUGUCUAUAAGUGAGUCAGACACGGAGGCUUGACAGCCUGUAUCGUGAUCUUGUACAUAGACUUUGAGCUAUUUCAGUGUUACUGCUAUAUCUGCGCUGUUAUUAAACUUCACACAUUGCUGUGUUGUACUGGCCAAAAGAUCCAUUGCUCUCUUUCUUGUCUCCAUCUUUUUUUGGUUUGUUUUCUCUGCUGAAUUUAUUUUAAUUGUGGGUACUUUUCAAAAGCACCUUUUGUGUUGUAAUUUUUUUUCUGGAGAGGGGAACAAUGAGGUUGGAAGAAUAUUUUGUGUCUGCUGGGGGAGGGGGAUGAGGCAAAAUUCAAACAAAUUGUGGAUUCUGUAAAUAUGUGUAUCAUUUUAUUAAAGCAUGUGCAGCAAACAGUGAGGUAAUGCUGGCUCUCACGUCAUGUAUUUAAAUGUGGAGUUUGCAAGGGUGUGUGUGUGCACGCGUUCAGGGGAGGAGAACAAGAACGUGUUAUUGCAGAAAUAAAUACUUUUGGAUAAUAA